AUGAGUAAACUUAAACGUAAAAAUAAUGAAGGAAAAUAUAAUAGUAAAAAAUUUAAACCAAGUAAAAAAAAUGUUAUAGAAGAUGAUGAAAUAGAAAAAGAUAAUAAAAAACCUGAAGAAAUAUUAUCACCAGAACAACAAGAAAUAAUUGAUAUUGUUAUGAAUGAAAAAAAAUCAUUGUUCUUUACAGGAUCAGGGGGGUGUGGAAAAACUUUUACAUUAAAUGUUUUGAUUAAAAAAUUAUAUGCAAAAUAUGGUGAAAAUAAUAUUGGUGUUACUUCAUCAACAGGUUUAUCUGCAAUGAAUAUAGGUGAUUGCAUGAGAAAUAGUAAAAAUAAAAAACUAUUUGGUGGAAUUCAAUUAGUAUUAUCAGGUGAUUUUUUACAAUUAAGACCCGUUAGAGGAAAAUAUGCAUUUGAAAGUAAAGUUUGGGAUUCAGUAGUUGAGAAAUAUGUUAUGUUGAAAAAACCAUAUCGACAAACAGAUAUGGAUUUUAUCGAUGGUCUUAAUAAGAUGAGAUUUGGAGAAAUAGAUCUUGAUUUUCUUGAAUAUAUUAAAAGUUUAUCACGAGAAAUUAAAUAUGAAGAUGGUGAUAAUCCAACAAGACUUUUUUCAACUGUUCGACAGGUUGAAAUAUGUAAUAAAAAUAAAUUAAAUGAUCUUCCUGGUAGAAUAAUAAUAUUUAAAGCAGAAGAAUGGUCUGUUGCAGGAAAAAAUAAUAAAAGUACAUUAUCAGAAUCAACAUUGAAUUUAAAAAUCGGUGCAAAAGUAUUAUAUAUUUGGAAUGAAAAAGAAAAUAAUAAAUUAGUCAAUGGAACUAAAGGAAAAGUGGUUGAAUUUAAAAAUGGAAAUAUUGUUUAUAGAGACAAAGUUCCUGAAAAUGUAGCUUCAGUUUUUUUAAAACCUAUUGUUAAAUUUAGUGGUAUAGAAGAAGAAAUAGAAAUAACUCCAAAAAAAUUUUUUAAAAAAAAUAAUGAUGGUGUUAUAAUGGCUACAUGUAAACAAUUACCAUUAAUAUUAAGAUAUAGUAUUUCUAUACAUAAAUCACAAGGCAUGUCAAUUUUUAGAUUAGUAGUAGAUUGUAAUAAUAUUUUUCAAAGUGAACAAUUAUAUGUAGCACUUUCACGGGCAACAGAUCCAAAUAAUUUACAAGUAUUAAAUUUUAAUCAAAAAAAAUUAAAAGCUAAUGAAAAA